AUGGGGAGGUUCCCUUGUCAGUUGGACAUGUUGGAACACGUCUGCGUGUCCACGAGCCGGCAGCUCGCCGGGUGCCGGGAGAGUUUAGUCGCGCCUGGAGCCGUCAUACGUGCUACCUGAUGAGUUUCAAGAUGAAUGCUGAACUGAAUAUUGAUGGUGAAGUUUUGAUUGCGUUGGUGGAGGCACGACCAGUCCUGUGGAAUAAGACAACCGAAGAAUAUAAGGAUAGACGACUGACUUUGGAAGCGUAGAAGAAUGUGUGUACACAACUUAAAGGAAAUUUUAAAAUACUUCGAGAUAAAGAAAGAAAUGAUAUAGAGUCGUCGGCAAUGGAUACUGUUACCGAUGUGGAGGAGACCGCGACUGUGGACCUGGCCGCCAUGCUGGAAGCUGGAGGCAGCGGAGGCCUCGUGGAGCUGGUGUCGGGCCAGACGAGGCUGGUGGUGCACAGGGCGGUCCUGGCGGCCAGGAGCCCUGUGUUUGCCGCCAUGUUUCGGCACGACACCCUGGAGGCCAGGAGCAGCGAGGUGACCAUCACGGACACGGGGGGCCCCGAGCUGAGCCUGCUGGUGGCCUACCUCUAUACCCUCCGGGCGCCCCAGCUGCCCAGCUUGGCCCCCCAGCUGCCCAGCUUGGCCACCCAGCUGCUGGCAGCCGCAGACAAAUACGGCGUUUUGGGGCUGAAAGCGGAGUGCGAGCGGCAGCUGAUCGCGCAGCUGGAUGUGGAGAAUGCGGCGGUCGCCGCUGUGGUGGCCGCUAGGUACUCCUGCACCAGCCUCGCCCUGGCUACCAUCGCCUUCAUAAAAGCACACCCCCAGGUGUUCUCCACGCAGGGCUGGGCCGAUGCAGAGCUCGAGCAGCCGCAAGACGUUGCUGAAGUGAGACGGCUGCUCAGGGAGCCACCGACGGAAACCAGGAGCCUUUCUCAAGAGGAGAAGGACACGAGGCUGAUCCAGGCAGCUAAGCGAGGCGCAGUAGAGGAGCUGUGGGCGUUGCUGGCGGCUGGAGCGAAUGUGGCGGCCAAGGACGAGAAGAGGAACACCGCCUUGCACUGGGCGGCGGACAAGGGGCACCUGGAGGCGGCGAGGUGGCUCCUGAAGACUGGGGCGCCUCUGGACGCGAGGUGCAGCAACAAUGAGGACAUGCCUCUGCACUGGGCCGCGAGGGGCGGUCACGCGGCCGUGGUGCGACUGCUGGUGGCGGCGUCGGCUGACCCCAACGGUAGGAGCUCAACCGGGUGGUCGCCGCUGCACUGCGCCGCGUGGAGGGACCACGUGGAAGCCGUCACUGCGCUACUGGAGGCCGGGGCCGACAGGGGGGCGUUAACUAUCGGGGGACUGACGCCACUAGACAUCGCCAAGCAGCACGGCCACCAGCAGGCGAUAGACGCGCUGAGGCGAGGCCCGACAAACGUCUCUCGAGUAAAAUGAAGAGGACUUCACUGUAUCACUGCUGCACGUUUUGAAAAUAAAGAAAAUACAAAAAUAAUUUUGAC